AUGGUGUCUGAAAUACAAAUUAAGUUAUUAUCGUUUGAUUACCGUCUACUUGACCUCUGGGUACGUAAGAUAAUAGAACUGGCCAAGCUGCACAAGGCCCAGGUUAAAGGUCCUUUGCCGCUUCCAACCAAAAGGAAGAUUUAUACCUUCCAAAAGUCUCCACACGUUAAUAAGCCGUCGAUGGAGCAAUUUGAACAAAGAGAGCACAGAAGACUAAUAGUAUUCUCGUCCUUCAAUGCCGAGUUAAUUUCGGACAUACAGAAGAUAAGACUUCCUGCAUCUCUGGAUCUAAGUGUGAAAUUCAAGUAG